AUGGCUGACCAGUAUUCCGGGGAGUGGGUGGACGAUCUCGGCGAGAUGGAGGCGAUUCGCGAUGGGCUCCAAGCUGACCACAGGAUGGCACUCAAAGAAGGCGCCUCUGCUGGCCACCGGCCGCUCUUCUUGAUGUCGGUGCUGCAGCAUUUUCGGGACGUCCAGGUUGGCCAGCCCGCGUAUCCUCGGAUCAACGGCACUUACGUAGACUGCACCUUCGGGCGUGGAGGCCACUCCAGGGCUUUACUGCGAGACUUGACGGAGUCCUCGACGCUCUACGCUUUGGACGUGGACCAAAAGGCCAUCGACGUUGCCAAGCGCCUGGCACGCAGAGACCCACGCCUGAAAGUGCACAAAGCCUCCUUCGCGCAGCUGGGUGCCGUGCUGGGCGAUGUGCGGGUGCAAGGCGUCCUGAUCAACGGUGGCUUCACCACCGACUCGAAGCUGGAUGCUACGCGGGGAAUCAAGCGAGGGCCGCUGGAUCUUCGCUAUGACCGGGAGGCCGGCAUGCCGUGCUCUGAGUGGCUGAACACUGUAAGCUUUGAAGAGCUGUCUCUGUUGCUGCGGGACACCCUCCGGUUUUCGGUCGUGAUGUGCGACCGCAUCGCCUUUGAGCUGCUCUCCGAGCAUCGCCGUGUCGGCGGCCUUACCACCAUCAAACAGGUCCUGACCCUCACGCAGCGGAUGCUGCCACCGAAGGAUGGCGGCCGCGAUGGCGGAUCCACCUCACUGGUGCUGGCCGCGCUCAGGCGAAUCAUCAACAACGAGACAGAGGACACGGCACAGGCAUUGCGAGCCGCCCUGGGCUCCUUGGUCAUCGGCGGCCGCUGUUUGGUCAUCUGUCAAGGUCCUGUCGAUCGGAGCGUCGUCAGCGAUGUCUUAUCUGAGUACGACGAACCUCCGGACAACACCGCGGUUGAUGCAGAUGACGAGAUGCUGUCCAAACUGUAUCCUCUGGCAGGCACGCGAUUGCCGUAUUCCGCAAAACUGGUCUGCCGACCCUUGGCCCUGACACACCGGGAGCAGAGCCGUGGUUGA